GGCGGUUCUGUCGUGUGGGGCUGGGCGUGGGCUGCAGCGGCUCUCAUCUUGCUGCCUUUUUGCUGCGUUCAAUCAUUGCGCCCUGACCUCCCCGGGUGCAGCUGCUAUAUGCACAGUGGCUGGUGAAUUUACCGGUGAAACUACUGUGGGCAACUGUUUAACAGUCGUUAUCAUUUUAGAACUAGUGGUGGACGCGAGACGGACUGGAACACGAUUUGUGGAUUUUUCUUGCUUUGCUCGCUUAACGUUAUUGACUGCACUAUCAGUCCCCCGGAGGACCGCGUCGCCUUUGGUAAUUAGGAGACGCUAUUCUUUCAGCCGGACAGGGGUCCAGACCAUGACUGAGUACAAACUGGUGGUGGUGGGAGCAGGAGGUGUGGGCAAGAGCGCUCUCACCAUCCAGCUCAUCCAGAACCACUUUGUGGACGAAUACGACCCCACCAUCGAGGACUCGUACAGGAAGCAGGUGGUGAUCGACGGGGAGACGUGCCUGCUGGACAUCUUGGACACGGCGGGUCAAGAGGAGUACAGCGCCAUGCGGGACCAGUACAUGAGGACCGGCGAGGGCUUCCUCUGCGUCUUCGCCAUCAACAACACCAAGUCGUUCGAGGACAUACACCAGUACAGGGAACAGAUCAAGCGGGUGAAGGACUCUGACGACGUGCCCAUGGUGCUGGUGGGUAAUAAGUGUGACCUGCCGGCGCGGACGGUGGACACGCGGCAGGCCCAGGACCUCGCCCGCAGCUACGGGAUCCCCUACAUCGAGACCUCGGCCAAAACCCGGCAGGGCGUUGAGGAUGCCUUCUACACCCUGGUCCGCGAGAUCCGACAGCACAAGCUGCGCAAGCUGAACCCGCCCGACGACAGCGGCCAGGACUGCCUGCGGUGCCGCUGUGUGGUGUCCUGACCCAGCACACAGACCCGGACCCAGGACAGUCUUACGGAGAGGAGCAGCAGGAUGGACUGGAAGAGGGACAGCCAACAACAGCAAAAUAGGGACGAGCGAAAAGCCCAGGCCUCAGGCCCCCCCUGGGACACUGCAGGGAGGGGCUCCAUGCUUGUGUCUACAUGUCCCCAGUUUAAGUCCAAGUCUACCAGAUGCACACCACUAAUGACUUUUAUCAUGAAAAAAACACACAAAAAGACUUUCCCUUCCUGUGUGCUAACACUGGACUAUUAUUAUUAUUGUUGUUAUUAUUAUAAAUCUUAACCUAAGUUAUUGUUUUACGGUCUUCACACUGGUCUUACAUGGACAGUGCCGCCCAGUGGUCCUCUUCCUCACUACACCUUUGCUCACAGGACUCCAUUACCCAGAGGCCCCUCCAAAAGGAGGCCUUGGACACACUCCCCACCCCCCGGCAGUGGCCCAAUGGAACAGUGCUGUGAAAUUUUCAUGCUGCGCAGAAUAAGCCGGAGCAGUUUUGGGAUUUGUUGUUUUUUAAGAAAAAUAACUUAUUUUAUUUUGAUUCCACCUUGUUUAAAGAAUAAACGGCUGGCCACCGUUUUGGCGUAGAUGUGGGCGGGGCAACGAGUUAAUCCUAUCCAGUGCGCAGUGGAAGGUUUUUCUCUGGCAGUAACGGUUAUUUCAGUUAUUGAUAUUGUUGGCUCUCGUGCAAUAGCGCGCUUUCCUGCCUGAGUCGGGUGAAGUACUGUGAAAGGAAGAACUAGCUGUGAUUCCUGUUCAUUUACAGACUGCUGCAUUGGUGUGCUGAAGGGAUGAUGUAUCCUUACUUAAUAUCUGCAUAUCCACGCGUUUGUUGGGUCUACUCUCCGUUUACCAGACGGUGGGUUCUCAUAGUAUUGUUUGGGUCCUCCCCCUUUGUUCGCUGUAUAGCUUUAUUUAUAGGGUCGGGGUGUGCUGAGAAUGGUGGCUUUCUUGAUUUAGAUUUUUGUAGAAAGAGUUUCUCAGUUUCAUUCUGGCUGUAUUCAGCGUGUAAACGGGGUGUGGCGAGCGGACAUUUUCAGAUGAUUUUAUUUUUCUUGCGCACGUUUUUGUGGGUUUUAUUGAUCGCGUCCCUGCCCUCGUUGCUUAGCGUAGCAUGUGCUUAAAGCAUUGGGGGAUAUCACUGCUGCUUGGGUCUCGAGUGCUGUGCCUCCCAUCCCAGUAAAUCCUCUGGAUCCUCAGUCCACAUCCUCUUCCUUCCCACUGCCAGAAAGAAGAAAUCUUAAAGGAAUUUUAAAAAUCAAAGAAACUGUGGUUGACAGGGAGGUGGAAUAGUUAAUUUUACGAUGACAUGCUGUUUGGGUAAAAAUGUGUAACGCUAAUUGCUUUUCCCUGCGUCUCCACAGAAUGACAUGGCAGGUUUUCUUUCAGCUGUUCCCUGGGGCUAGUGCUGAGGCUAGUGCCGGGGCUAGCACUGGGGCUAGUGCCGGGGCUAGCACUGGCGCUAACACUGGGGCUAGCGCUUGUGCUAACACUGGGGCUAACGCUGAGGCUCCCGCAUAGAUGGCCUUAUUGCUCUGCUACAUCAUUAAGCCUCAUUUAUUAGUUCCUUACAACUGCCUGUCAAACUCCUGCAGACUCAUUUACUCAACAUGGACUUUGAGCUUUUUUUUCAUAUGAUGUGGAGAAAAUCAGUUUGUGUGAAUUACAAAUGUAAGCUAAAUUAAUACUCAAAAGAACAUUUGAGCUUUCUUCAGCAACUAGUGAAACAUCGAAGCCAGACUGCGGUGUGUGUGUGUGUGUGCAUGUGCGUGUGCGCUCAUGUGAGUGUGUGUGCUGUGUGAAAUCGAGCCUUUUAAGUUUUAAUGCAUUUUAUUAUUUUCUUUAAAAAGGUACCAUCCACUUUCAAAUCUUCAUCUCUGCCAAGCAUGUGACCUAAUAGAUGUGUAUCAUUCUUUAGAUGCAAAACCAAGAUUAAAAAGACUGUUGUUUUUGAACAUGGCAGUGCUACAUUUUUAAUGCAACACAUAUACAACACAUAUACAAAAUUUGGGGUUGUAUGUGUGUGCGUGUCCAUAAUAUUCUCUCUUAACUUCACACCCUACCAAGUGUCUCUGUAUAUUCAGCCUUAGUGCUAUUGGCUGGCAGUCCAUGCCCAUGUUCACUUGUCUGUAUUCAGUUGUGCUAUUGGCUGGCAGUCCAUGCCCAUGUUCACCUGUCUGUAUUCAGUCAUGCUAUUGGCUGGCAGUCCAUGCCCAUGUUCACCUGUCUGUAUUCAGUCGUGCUAUUGGCUGAUGAGCCACUCUGUCCUCCUCCCUCACCAGCCCCACUGACAGAAUGGCUCUGUCCCUUCCCUCUCAGAUUUAUGUUUGCGGGGGCCGGGUGCCAGGGAAUGGAAUUGUCCAAAUAAUGCCCCCCAAACCCAAACCCAACCCCAACCCCCCCUUCCCCACCCCAGCUUGCAAAGUAUGCUGGUCCUCUGGGGCCUGUCCCUGCUAGCGGAGCUUCCUGGCAUCUGUGGUGUUUCAGAGUUUGAGAACCACAUAACAAGGAGAAAGGAACUCUCAAAAUUAAAUACAAAUAUAUGCAAAUACAUUUUAAAGAGUAACAGAAGGCCAACAAAGAGCAAAAAAACCAGGCCUGAUAAAAUAAUACUCAUCAUUAGUGUCACUUGUCUGUUGUAUAUAGAUAAUGGGUUAGUAUGUGUUUGUUUUUUUAAUAUGUGACUUUGGAGCCAAUGCUGAACUGACUGACACCCCCCCCCCCCCCCCCCCCCCAUAUAAAUAUAUAACUAAUGUCAUACAGAGAAAGAUGUGUUUUGCAAUGGGGAAAACGCUGGUAUUGUAAGAGUUUACUUGUACUGCAAAUGCCACUACACAUUUUAACCUUGUAAAGAGAAAUAUAAAUAUAUAAAUUCCAUUCCUGGGAGAAUU